AUAUUUCAGUAGAAACCAGUGGACUAAAUACCCCCUUCUCCAAAAGCUAUAAAAGGAAAUCCCCUCACAUGCAAAAUAGUGAAAAUCCGAAUAAAAUAAUGCCGGUUAAGUUCAAUAUAGUUCCAUCGGAGUGCAGCCAACAGCGUCCCAUGAGCUAAUACUCCCACUUCACCCCUCAUCUCAACCUAAUCCUGCAUCUAGUCUAGUGAGUCAGUCUAUCAUCGAUCCGCCACUCAAAUCUCAGAUACCUUUGCCAGAGCCUCCUCCACCCAAAAUAACCUUUCUUCCCUGUCAAAUGCUUCCUUAGCCAGCUGGUGCGCCGCCCGAUUACCAUCCCUUAAAGUAUGUUUGACUUUACAAACUAAGAAUUGGGAGAUGAGAGACCUUGUAUCAUUAAUAUAAGCAGUUACACUAGAAUGAUCCACUCUGUUAGAUAUCCAUUUGAUUACCAUCCGAGAGUCACCGUCCAAGACCAAGCGCUGAAACCCCAUAUCUUUUGCAAAUUGCAGGGCCUUCACACAUGCAAUGGCUUCAACGGCAAAGACAAGGGGAACGAAGCAACUUGUAUGAACAAAAGCUCUCAAAAUCAUUCCACUAUUUUCUCCCGCAAUCACCUUUGUGCUGGAUGUAUUAGAAGCGGCUCUCAAGCCCACAUCAAAGUGCACCUUGACCAUAUUAACCUCCGGUGGCUCUCAUUCGGUUGUAGAACCAUCUCGUGGCUCAGUGCCGCCUAUCUAGCUCAAGGAUUAACGGAAGUCAGAGAUAUCGAUCACAUUAUCAAUUGAAGCAUUCGGUAUAGUUUGAUUUAUAUUUUUGAAUAUGGCAUGUAUAGGGAACUAGACUUGUGUUUUGUGUCAUUAUCAAUUCGGCCAAAUGUGUUGUCUUAGGAUAAAUCUCUCAUUCUGUAUUAAGCCUCGAAUUAUGGCUAAUAUCCAUUUUGAUUUAUAUACAAGGAUGUUAUCUUCAUAGAUGAGUAAAA